AAAAAAAAGGUAUGGUUACAGAGAGAACACGCGACUAUGGUAACACUAACACUUUGAGGUUGUCUCUGCGAAACAAACACCGACCUCAGUUACAGUUAAUCUAACCGUUUCAUUCGUUUGAGGUCAUGGCGUUUUGGCACCGAAUCAGAAAUCCCAACCUCAAAACCCUCUCCAUCCAAUUCCAAAGAUGUUACAUUCGCCUUCCCCAUGCUUCCACUCCCAAACCCUGCCCUAUCAACAUUCCUCAUCCCUAUUCCGUGUUUCAUCGCAGACCCUCAUCUGUGAGGUUCUUCGCUGCACCCGUUCAGUUUCAGGUAAAGCCCAAGGAUGAGGAGGAGGACUCCGAUGAGUAUCGUUUGAAUGACAAAAUCAAAGCUACAUAUAUCAGGCUUGUGAGGGAUGAUGGGCAGCAUUCAAUACUACCAAAGUUUGAAGCAUUGGAACUUGCCAAGGAGCUCAAACUUGAUUUAGUUGAGGUUGAUAGAAGUGCUAAACCACCUGUCUGUAAAAUUAUGGACUACCACAAGGAAAUGUAUAAGCGACAAGAAUGGGAAAAGGAGCGUGCUAAAAGCAAGGCUAACAUGACACUACGAAAGGAUAAUAAGGAAGUGCGAUUUUCUGCAAAAACUGAAGCAAGAGACCUGAAGGUCAAAGCAGAUAUGAUUAGAAAGCUAGCUGAGAAGGGUUAUCGAGUGAUGUGCAAGAUAUCAGCCAAGGAAAACCAGGACUUGACAGAAGUAUUUUCUCCUCUUCUUGCUCUGAUAGAAGAUGUCUGUGUUGUGGAAAGUGGACCACAUAUGGCAAAAAAAGAUGCACAUAUGCUCGUCAGACACAUAAAAUUUGGUCUACCUAAAAAAGGUGGGAAAAAAGGGCAAGAUGCAACACAGGUCAAGAUGGAGACAUCAACAGCCAGUUCUAGUGAUUCCAUUGAAGAUAAGAGUCACACAGAAUCUGGGUUUGAAACGGAGAAGGUGCCUUCUGAUGGUGACAAGUUUUCUAAAAGUUCCUGGCCUGUAUUUAACAACAGCGUGAAUAUGACUGCCUCUCCUGAUUAUCAAACAAAUGCUGCUCCAGAAGAAGCUGUCUUUAUGUCAAGAAGCAAUGAUCCAGUAUCUCAUCCCGCACCAGAAAAUAGGUAUAGAAGAGCUGUUCAUCAUGGUGAGAACCAGGUUCAAUCCAAUGCCGCUGUGGCAGAGAAUAGGUACAAAAGAGUAGAGCCAAGAAGUAGAUUCCAACAAACACCAAAUAAUACAGGUAUGAACUACCAAGGUCCAGGAACAAGAGAUGCAGUCAGGUCGACGACACACCCGAAUUGGAAUCGGCCGAGCCAUGCACCGGUAAAUGUUGAUCCCAGAAUAGAAAAUAACAGGCAAGGUUUUAAUCCUGGAUCAAGACACCCAAUGCCUCCCCAUGAGAAUUUUUCCAAGCAUCCUCCUUUUGCUCCUAAUACCCCUAGGCCUGGUUAUGGCAAUUUUAGUGCUUCAAAUGAGGGCAUUCCCAGGCAUCCUGGUGCUCCAAAUACCACAAGACCUUCUAGUUAUGGCAAUUUUAGUACUCCAAAAGGCCCUGAGACACAAGGUGUAAAUUUAGGGAUGCAUAGGAGCAGAGAAGGGAAUCAGUAGGCAAAUAAGGAAUAUUAGCAACUCAAAUAGAGGAGGGAUGUAUCAAAAUUGAGAUAUAUAGGAUGGGUAAUAUAUUUCAUGGCCCAAUGACACAUUAUAUACUCUAGAAUCAUUAAGCAAUGGGUGACACCCUUCACUCCAGAGGGCUUGCAGCUGUAUUUAUUUAUUUACCGUGGUUGACCUGAGGAACAGGUCUGGUUGUUUAGUUGAGAGUUUUGCAUCAUCUAUUGGUAGUUUUAGCAUGGAAGGGAACAAUUUUGAAUAUUUAUUUUAUUUGACUGUGGAGAAGGGGUUUUUUUAACUACCCACAGACCACUUGAAAUUUUGAUGUACGAUGUAUUUGUUUUGCCCCUCCUUCCAGCAGGAUCUGGUUCUAUUAUUGUUUAAUAAUAUAUUCUGUGAUUGAUAACAUUCGAAGUGUUAUCAUUAGAUGACACUGUCAAGUAGACAAGAUUGAUAUCAUUCCAGAUAUUUGUUU